UCGUUUUCCUGUUAUGCCCUUGUUCUCUCUGCAACUAUUAUGGAUGUAAUUGUUUAUGCAUUGAUUUUCAAGUCUUGAAGAAGUUGUGUCGUGAGUAGGGUAAAUAAGUCAUAUUAUGGGAGACAGUUUCUGAUCCUCUCCUGGACCCUUGCCUCGAUUUUCUUCAUCUUUUUUCUGGGUACAGAAUGAUUCUGUUUUUUUUCUCUCUUGUCAACAAAACCAAGGAAAGGGGAAAAACUAAUCACACAUAUGAUAAGACCUCUUACUAAACUUGUGUUUUCAUUGACCCACCUCUGUUUGUUUUUACUCUUUUCUCUCUCAUGUAAGCAUAGUACUACAGUACAAGUGAACCAUAUUUAUAUGGACUUAUCUUAAGCUCAGUUCAUCAUCAAUAAUCCAUCAAAGAUUGCCGCUUUCAUGUUGACAGUGUGGAAAAACAAAACGCCGAAGCAAAUGAUAGCCAUUUACUCACUUCAUUUCUAGUACCUGAGGUCACUUCAUUGGACUUUUUAUAUAACUAAGAUCAAUCAACACAACCUUACAAGUGAACUACUUGGCAAAUAAAUGGCUCAACAGGAAGAGGGCUGGCCCCUGGGUUUGCAGCCUCUUAAUGCGAGAGUUAGGUUAACUAGAAAUGGUGAUUUUUCUGGUUCAGUAUCAUUCAACACUUUGAUUACCGGUUCUCCAACUUCCUCUGAUUCCUCUUCAGAUUUAGACACAGAGUCUACAGGGUCAUUCUUCCAUGACAGAAGCAUAACACUUGGAAGCCUUAUAGGCGUUUCCAGUAUCUUUGAGCUCUCUAAAAGAUCAAUAAGAGGAAGAAAAUCAGAAGCAGUAGUAAAGGAGAAAAAGAGCAACAACAAAUCAAGAACUUGGUUGUUCUCUUUAUGCUCAAGGGAUAGCACUGAUGCUGCGAAUGUCAACAACAAUAACCCUCCAUCACUUGGCCACUUUCUUGCAGUGGAAAGAAGAGCUGCAAAUGGUAAUGGAUGUAGAAGGAAUCCGCUGAGCCCUAACGAUAUUUAUGGUCCUGAUGAGCUUGCCAUGGCUCAGCCUAACUUAGAAUCAAAUUCACUUUUUGUUAACGGUCGUAUCGCUCCUCCUCAAUCAAGUCCAUGGCAUGGUUCAGAGAUUGAUAUGAGAAACAAUGGAGGAUUAGAACAUGUUAAUGGCUGUGGAAUUCCUGAGCUGUUUUCAUGCAUGUGUGGACAAGGACAACCCUCCCAUUAAAGUAUGGCUAGCUCAAAUUCAUUUAUUAAUAUCCCUUAUUUGUGAUUGAAUUUUAUGUUCUAGGAACAAAUAAACUUUGUUUUCAAAUGUAGGUUCCAUAUUCCAAUAGACAGAAAACCAGUUUCUAUGUUACACCGGCCCCUAGCGUUUCCUUAUCAUAGAUUUAUAUUUUAUUUCUGCAGUUUGUUCAGUUUGCUGACAUGGAUUGUUGAAGUACUGUUGCAGUCUUCUUGCACAGUUGCACUAUACAAAAAAAUAUGGUUUCCUGAUUAGAUUUCUUCUUACGCAAAGAUAGGCGUUGAAACUAAGCACAUCAAAUUGAUUUGUAUUAAGCUUUUAAUUCCUGAAUUUGCGUAUUAGAAUGAUUCAAACCUCUUGAAAAAAGGUUGUCAGCUUGUGAGUGGCGGCUUUGUUUGGUUGUUGUGAUUAGGCCACGUAUUUUCCCGUUUAAUGUGAAUUCUCAGCUGUCCUGGUCUGGAUUCAUACUGGGAAAUUUCAACA